AAAUCGAUCGUGUGGCUCAAAUCACCCCCAGUAUACAAGUUACUGGGCAUUUCUGGGCGCGUCAGGCAGAUAAAUCAACCUUCCGAGCUCAUCAUCAAUUGGAAAUCAUGGACUAUUGACAGUUGUUGCUGCAUUUUUUUCGGUCUCGCUCGUUCAAUCUUUUGGUACAGCAUCAUCUUAGUAUACCUUCUAUACUGGGGCGCAGAUUCUGCGGAUCACCAUGGCCAGGAUCAAGCAGGGGAUCUUCUCGUGGGAGGAUGUACUGGCGCAACGGUAUCAGAAUAACAAGCCAACCGCCCUCCCUCGGACCCGGCGAUCCAGCAGCGCUCAACAGGGUCAACGUGCGUCGCAGCCGCAGCCGCAACAGCAACCAAAGCCCGACACCCGGGGCGAAUGGACAUUCCAGCGGGACAGCUCCCUCCUCGCGAAGCUAUCGCCGGAGCUGCGCAUGACGAUCUGGGAGCUGGUGCAGGGCGGGAUGCGCAUUCAUAUCGUGCAGCGUGCGAAUCGACGAAUGGGGCACGUCGUGUGUCCCGAAACGAGUGGCGGGGGCCGUCGAGACGGGGUGGUCCGGGGAUGUGAGAUCUGCCAGGGUGGGCUUCCCAGCGCGACGAAGGCCGCGAGUCGGAGGCCAACAACUCCAGGGCUUCUGGCGUUGGCGUUGACGUGUAAGCAGAUCUACACCGAAUCCAUCUACACCCUCUACACGCUCAACACCUUCGAAUUCAGCAACACCUGGUCCCUGACGUACCUGCGGCCCACGAUCCCCGCGGACUUCUGGGACGCGAUCCGCGCCGUCGAGCUCCGCUGGGCCUUUCCGGGCCACUGGCUGCCCAGCAAGGACCCCGUCAAGACGGUCUACUUCGCCGCCGGGCGGCAGCAAUGGGUCGAGACGUGCCAGGCCGUCACGCGCAUGCGCAGCCUCCAGACCUUCACGCUGCAGCUGCCCUGCAGCUGGUUCGGCGAGCCCGUCGAGAAGCUGCCGUUGUUCCUGGAGCCGCUGCGCGGGCUGCACCUGCCCCGGCGGCGGUGGACGCUGCAGCUGCCGCGGCAGCCGUACUACGUGCAGGAGGUGGGGAAUAUCGAUGGGGAGUUGCGGGAGAGGGGGAUUGAGUGUUGUGUUUGGGCGGUGGGGGAAGGAACCGGGGGUGGUAGGUAGGUGAAUCAAGGCCUGUGGCAGAAGAAAGGGUGGGUAGGA